AUGUUAGAAGGGAAAGCAGUAAUGGGUGAGACAGAUAUGAAGCAAACAAUGAAGGAAGAUGCUCUCAGUUUGGCCGCCAAAGCCCUUGACUGCUUUGACGUCACCGAACCUACCCUAAUCGCCCGAUUCAUCAAGAAGGAAUUUGAUAGAAAUUACGGAUCGGGUUGGCAGUGCGUUGCCGGGACGCAUUUCGGAUCCUUUGUGACUCAUUGCAGUGGCUGCUUCAUCCAUUUCUCCGUUGGUAACCUCACCAUUUUGCUUUUCAAGGGAUCAGCCGGUGAACCGGAGGUCCGUACUGACGGUCUAGCCAAUUUAGACAUUAUUGUAAAAUAA